GAGAGAGAGAGAGAGAGAGAGAGAGAGAGAGAGGGACUCGGAGCCAGCCAGCGAAGGGAAGGUGAGCUGCAGCGUCCCCACAGCGGACAGCCUGGGACUGACGGCGUAGGGGGAGGCGGUUGAUGAGUAGCCUCUCUCGCGCGCCCGGGCUGUUUGGGAGCACACAGCGCCAGCUCACAGGGCCCCCCCCAGCGCUGCAGCUACUCACUCCGGCGACGGCAGCACCAUGGCGCAAGCCGCCAAGCACCUUCGCAAGAACAAGGAUUUAGAAGCUCUCGCCGAGCAGGAGCGGAAGGAGAAGGAGGAGGAGAAGAAUAAGAAGAGGAACCGAUCCCGAGACCGCAAACGCAAGGCCCAUGCGGUGCAUCGCUGGCUAAUCGAUCAGGACAGUAGUGUGAGCUCUGAGCUGCCGGAUGGCCGUGGAAUAUGGCACUUUGAUGAAACAGCUGAUGCUGCCACCAGUUUUCUUCGUGCUGCUCGCUCUGGGAACCUGGACAAGGCCCUUGAUCACAUAAAGAAUGGGAUAGACAUCAACACAGCCAAUCAGAAUGGACUCAACGGCCUCCACCUGGCUUCAAAGGAGGGCCACGUCAAGAUGGUGCUGGAGCUGCUGCACAAUGGCAUCGUCCUGGAGACCACCACCAAGAAAGGGAACACAGCCCUCCACAUCGCCUCACUGGCCGGGCAGGAACAGGUGGUCACCGAACUGGUCAACUACGGGGCCAACGUCAAUGCCCAGUCCCAGAAGGGCUUUACUCCACUCUAUAUGGCCGCGCAAGAGAAUCACUUGGAGGUGGUCAAGUUCCUUCUGGAGAAUGGAGCCAAUCAAAGCAUUCCAACAGAGGAUGGGUUCACCCCCCUUGCGGUGGCCCUCCAGCAGGGCCAUGAGAACGUGGUGGCCCUGCUCAUCAACUACGGCACCAAAGGAAAGGUGCGUCUGCCCGCCCUGCACAUUGCGGCACGGAAUGAUGACACGCGCACUGCCGCCGUGCUGCUGCAGAACGAUCCCAACCCAGACGUCCUGAGCAAGACUGGCUUCACCCCCCUCCACAUUGCAGCACAUUAUGAAAACCUUAAUGUCGCCCAGCUGCUGCUCAACAGAGGAGCCAAUGUCAACUUCACCCCCAAGAAUGGCAUCACGCCCCUGCACAUAGCAUCGAGGAGGGGUAAUGUGAUCAUGGUCAGGCUGCUGUUGGACAGAGGGGCGCAGAUAGAUGCCAAGACUAAGGACGAGCUCACCCCCCUGCACUGUGCUGCCAGGAACGGACACGUGCGGAUCAUCGAGAUCCUGCUGGACAAUGGUGCUCCCAUCCAGGCCAAGACCAAGAACGGCCUGUCUCCCAUCCAUAUGGCCGCACAGGGGGAUCACAUGGACUGCGUUCGGCAGCUGCUGCAGUACAAUGCAGAGAUCGAUGACAUCACGCUGGACCACCUGACCCCCCUGCAUGUGGCGGCCCACUGUGGCCACCACCGCAUGGCCAAAGUGCUGCUGGACAAGGGGGCCAAACCCAAUGCCCGGGCGCUGAACGGGUUUACGCCACUGCACAUUGCCUGUAAGAAGAACCACAUGCGUGUGAUGGACCUCCUGCUCAAGCACUCCGCGUCCCUGGAAGCUGUGACAGAGUCUGGUCUGACGCCGCUCCAUGUGGCCUCCUUCAUGGGACACCUCAAUAUUGUCAAGAUCCUGCUUCAGAAGGGGGCUUCCCCCAGCGCCUCCAAUGUGAAAGUGGAGACCCCCCUUCAUAUGGCAUCCCGAGCAGGGCACUCUGAGGUGGCGCAGUUCCUGCUGCAGAACUCGGCACCAGUGGACGCCAAAGCCAAGGAUGACCAGACACCUCUACACUGCGCCUCUCGUAUGGGCCACAAGGAUCUGGUCAAGCUGCUGCUGGAGCACAAGGCCAACCCCAACUCCACCACCACUGCCGGCCACACACCCCUGCACAUCGCUGCCCGCGAGGGGCAUGCCCAGACCAUCCGCAUCCUGCUGGACAUGGAGGCCCAGCAGACCAAGAUGACCAAGAAAGGCUUCACUCCCCUCCACGUGGCGUCCAAGUACGGCAAGGUGGACGUCGCAGAGCUGCUGCUGGAGAGAGGAGCUAACCCCAACGCUGCCGGCAAGAAUGGGCUGACCCCUCUGCACGUCGCCGUCCAUCACAACAACCUGGACGUGGUCAAACUGCUGGUCAGCAAGGGCGGGUCUCCACACAGCGCUGCCAGAAAUGGCUACACCCCUCUACACAUUGCGUCCAAGCAGAACCAGGUGGAGGUGGCAAGCAGUCUGCUGCAGUACGGGGCGUCAGCCAAUGCUGAGUCACUGCAGGGGGUCACGCCCCUGCACUUGGCUGCUCAGGAAGGCCGUGCCGACAUGGUCUCUCUGCUCAUCUCCAAGCAGGCCAACGUCAAUCUGGGGAACAAGAGUGGACUGACCCCUCUGCACCUGGUGGCCCAGGAGGGUCACGUGGGCAUCGCGGACAUUCUGGUGAAACAGGGCGCGUCUGUCUAUGCCGCCACACGGAUGGGCUACACACCCCUUCAUGUUGCAUGUCAUUAUGGCAAUAUCAAAAUGGUGAAGUUUCUUCUGCAGCAGCAAGCCAAUGUCAACAGCAAGACAAGAGUAGGGUACACACCCCUGCACCAGGCAGCACAGCAAGGGCACACAGACAUCGUCACCUUGCUGCUCAAACAUGGAGCGCAGCCCAAUGAGACCACCACGAAUGGAACCUCUGCCUUGGCCAUUGCCAAGCGGUUGGGGUACAUCUCUGUCAUCGAUGUGCUGAAGCUGGUCACAGAAGAGACUGUGUCGGUGACUACUACAGAAAAACACCGCAUGAGUUUCCCUGAAACAGUGGAUGAGAUCCUGGAUGUGUCAGAGGAUGAAGGAAUUGCACAGCUAACACUAGGUGAGGAGCUGCAGGGAGGGGAGAGCACAAGAUAUGUGAAAAUGGAUGACCUUAAGGACCACGAUGAGGACUUCCUGUCACCUAAGAAAUCCCUGGACUAUGAGACUGGGCUGGGCACAGCCAACUACUCUCCUGCUAUUCCCAGGAUCCCUUGUGUCUCCCCUGAGACGGUCAUGCUGAAGGAGCAUGAAGUAGAGCAGCAACAUACCCCAGUCCCCCUGCCAAAGGAGUAUGACGAGGACUCCCUCAUCCCCAGCAGUCCAGCCACUGAGACCUCUGACAACGUCAGCCCGGUGGCCAGCCCUAUCCACACGGGGUUCCUGGUGAGCUUCAUGGUGGACGCCCGGGGUGGGUCGAUGAGAGGCAGCAGACACAACGGCCUGCGUGUGAUCAUCCCACCCCGUACCUGCGCUGCCCCUACCCGCAUCACCUGCCGCCUGGUCAAGCCUCAGAAGCUGACCACCCCGCCCCCACUGGUGGAAGGGGAGGGGCUGGCCAGUCGCAUCAUCUCUCUGGGUCCCGCCAGCAUGCAGUUCCUGGGGCCAGUGAUUGUGGAGAUCCCCCACUUUGCUGCAUUGGGUCGAGGGGACCGGGAGCUGGUGGUUCUGCGCAGUGAGAAUGGAUCAGUCUGGAAGGAGCACCGUAAUCACUACGGCGACAAUGUGCUGGAGACCAUCCUCAAUGGCAUGGAUGAAGACCUGGAGAGCCAGGAGGAGCUGGGAAAGAAGCGUAUCCGCCGCAUCAUCUCCACCGACUUCCCCCUCUACUUCGCCGUGGUGUCGCGCGUCCAGCAGGAGAGCAAUCUGAUUGGCCCCGAGGGUGGCCAUCUGACCAGCAAGCUUGUGCCGAUGGUCCAGGCCACCUUCCCUGAGACCGCAGUCACCAAGAGGGUUCGGCUGGGGCUGCAGGCCCAGCCGGUCCCGGAUGAGCUGGUCACCAAGCUGCUCGGGAACCAGGCCACCUUCAGCCCGGUGGUGACAGUGGAGCCGCGCCGACGCAAGUUCCACCGGCCCAUUGGCCUGCGCAUACCCCUGCCCCCCUCCUGGAGGGAGAGCCCACGGGACUCUGGGGAGGGGGAUACCACCAGCCUCCGACUACUCUGCAGCGUCAUUGGUGGUACAGCCCCAGCCCAGUGGGAGGACAUCACUGGCACAACCAAACUGGUGUACGCCAAUGACUGUGCCAAUUUCACCACCAACGUCUCUGCACGGUUCUGGCUGGCUGACUGCCCCCGGACAGCCGAGGCAGUGUCCUUCGCCAACCUGCUGUACCGGGAGCUGUCGGCGGUGCCAUACAUGGCCAAGUUCGUGGUUUUCGCCAAGAUGAACGAGGUGCGGGAGGGACGCCUGCGCUGCUACUGCAUGACCGACGACAAGAUGGACAAGACCCUGGAGCAGCACGAGAACUUCGCCGAGGUGGCCCGCAGCCGGGACAUUGAGGUGAUGGAAGGCAUGCCGCUCCACCUGGAGUGUUCGGGGAACCUGGUGCCAGUACGGAAGGCCACACAGCAGCCCCGCAGUUUCAGCUUCCAGGCCUUCAGAGACAACCGGCUUCCUGUCUCCGUCAAGGUGAGAGACAGCAGCAAGGAUCCCUCUGGAUUCCUGUCCUUCUUGCGCAAGUCCACCAAGUACGAGGACAGUCAACACGUUCUGUGUAACCUCAACAUCACCAUGCCCCCCUGCAUCAAGAUUGUGGGAAGUGAAGACCGCAGACGAACUCUGACUCCCCUGGCCCUGCGGGAGAGAUACAGUGCCCUGAAUGAGCCGACCAUGGCAUCAAUGAGUGCCAUGCAAAGAACAGAGUUGAAGAUGGCUCUGAUAUCUGAACAGCUGGGACUAAGCUGGGCAGAACUGGCUCGUGAGCUGCAGUUCAGUGUGGACGACAUCAAUAAGAUCCGCGUGGAGAAUCCCAACUCCCUGCUGGAGCAGAGCUCAGCACUCCUGAACCUUUGGGCCUCACGGGAAGGCAAGAGGGCCAAAAUGGAGAGUCUGUAUGCAGCUCUGAGGAGCAUUGACAGGACUGACAUUGUCAACAUGCUGGAGGGCCAGGGGCAGCAGCCCAGGCCAGGGAACCGCGAGGGGGGAGGACGUAGACACGGUGACCACCUGCUCUCCCCCAGCAUGACCAAUGGUUACGGGCUGGUGCAGGAAGAGCUGCUCUCCCCCACCUCUAUGCAGUACAUUCUGCCCUCUCCGCUGGGCGCCGAGCCCUACUGGCAGGAUGUGUCCAGCAUGGAGUGCGCACCCAUCGCCACCACCGAGGAAGACACGCUCAUGGAGAUGUCGGAGGUGCAGGUGUGGCCCUCGGGGGCCAGCCCAUCUCUGGUGGCCGUGGAGGACUCCUCGCUGGAGUGCAGCAACGCCGAUGACUCUGAGGCGUUGGGGCUGCCGUACGGGAGCCUGGGCCGGCCGAGCAGCGGCGCCAGCGGGGCCAGCGGAGGGGGCGGGCUGAGCGGCUCCAUGGAGCUGGUGGAGGACGACACGGAGAUGGGGGGUGACUCCGAGAACAGCGGCACCACCACGGCAAGCGGCGCCAAUCCCGGGGUCAACAUCAACGGGCUGGACGGAGGUCAGAGGUCGGAGGGCAGGAGGCUGGAGUCGGUGGCGGGUGGCAGCAUGACGACCAGAACUGGAGGAGGCGGAGGAGUAGAAGGCGAAGGAGUAGGCGGGCCGGGCUUAGAGGAUGGGCUUUCUCUAAUUGCAGGGCAGCAGCGGGUGUACGCCCGGCUGAGCGAGUCGCCCGGACUGAGCCGUGUGGCAGAGCGCAACGGAGACAGGUCGGGUAGCAGCUCCUUCCUGUCCUACCUGCAGGAGCAGUCCGGCCAGGUCUGGCACUGCAGCCCGGAUUCCACCCAGAGCUGGACGGGCUCGCAGCCCAAGCCGCGGCAGUGUGUGGAGUCAGUGAUGUCAUCUAUUCGGAGCGGGGUGGGCGGAGACACCAGCCAGUCUCGCGUGUCCCAGGAGUCCCUGCUGCAGCCGGUGCGGGACACGGGGCACUCAGAGAUCCUGCGCGGGCACUUCCGGGGCACGCAGCCCUUCGAGAAGGGGCUGGGCUUCCCCCACCGCACUCCCGAGCUGAGAGGAUGGGAGGAUGCGCGUCUAAGGGGCCAGGGGGAUGAGCUGGAGGAUAUUCCGGGAGAUCAUGUGAGCGAGGAGCAGUUCACCGAUGAGCACGGCAACAUUGUCACAAAGAAGAUCGUGCGAAAGGUGGUGCGGAGGGGAAAGGGCUCAGGCGAGGAGGGGGGUCAGGAGGUGAGCGUGGAGGGCUCACUGCAAGAGGCUGACGAGCUGGAGGCCGAGGCGGAGCAGUUCAUGAACUACGCCAUUCUGGGCCGGGAGACCAGCAAGCCGGAUAUUGUGGAUGUGAAGAAGGGUGCUCAGAUAGUGAAACGCGCCAGUCUGCGGAGAGUAAAGCAGUGAGACAGACUGACUCGUCCCUGCAGGAUCUGACAUCCACCCCGAAACCAUCCUUCAUAGAAACAUGACAGAUAGCAGGUGACGAGACGUGGAAGAGGACAGAGGAGAGGAGGGAAGGAAGGAAGAAUUCAGUGUUACCAAACAGGAGGAAGACGAACAACCACAACGAAAAUGGCAACUCGAUGGUGAUGACGAUGACGAUGAUGAGUAGCAACACAGGAAGAGAAAAACCAGGAUGAGGAUUUACUCAUAGUUUUCUUACCUUUUUUUUAAACAAAACAAAAAAAAACAAAACAUAGGCUAGAAGCAUGAUUUCAUAUAAAACAAAAAUGAACCUAAAAAAGCAACAAAAACGUGCUUCCUGUUAUCUGUAUCAGCAUGACUGACUGCUGGCGCAUGACCUGUCCUUAUCUAAAGACUGAAGGGGUAUGGG